AUGGAGAAUCACAUUGCCAAAUGGACGACGUCGGCCGAGGGCCACCUGUCGCGGGAUGCAAAUGGGGACGAGCAAACAGACUACACAAGGUGGAGGCUGGUGGACAAACAAGGCCGUCAAUCAUGGCACUAUCUCGAGUCCGACGUCGAGAACGAUAAAUGGCCUCAAACAGUCUACGAGAAGUACUUCCUUGGACUGGACACGGGUUUGCCAGAUCUGCCCAAGCCCUCAACCCCGUUGGAGGCCGCACGGAAUGGGGCCUCGUUUUUCAGUCAAUUGCAGCUGCCCUCCGGACAGUGGGCCAGUGAAUGCAGCGGCCCGAUGUUCAUCCUGCCGUUCGUGCUCAUCGCAUGGUACGUCACCGAGACCCCGAUUCCCCCGGCAUACGCGAUCGAGAUCAAGCGACAUCUCUUUGCUCGACAGAAUCGGACCGAUGGGGGCUGGGGAUGGCAUGUGCUAGGGCGCAGUUCGAACCUGGGAACGGUCUUGAACUACGUCGCUUUGCGUCUGCUGGGGACCAGCGAAGAAGACCCUCGCAUGAUUAAGGCUCGAGGGUUCCUUCACAGCCUCGGUGGCGGGCUGUACGCGCCGGGUAUAGCUAAAUUCUGGCUCUGCGUUCUUGGGGUGAUGGAAUGGGAAUGCGUCAAUCCCUUCCUACCCGAAGUCUGGCUGGCAGCGGACUCGGAUCCCAUAGCUCCUAGGAAAUGGUACGUCCACACGCGGACCAAUUUCAUGUCUCUGUCCUACGUCUGGUCCAAGGCAUGGAGAUACCCGGGAGACGAGAUCACCGAACAACUCCGCGCCGAAAUCUACACGCAGCCCUACGCCACGAUCAACUUUGCUGCGCAUCGCACCUCACUUUCUGAGGUAGAUAACAACCACCCCAAAUCAUGGAUUGUCAAUCUGAUGAACUGGUUGACCGUUGCCGUGUAUAUCCCUUUCUUCCGAAAGGCGACUACAGUAGAAAGCGCGCAAAAGCAAGUGUGGGAGCUGAUACGGGCUGAAGACAGGAACACAGAGUACAUUGGACUGUCACCUAUCAGCAAAGCGAUCAAUUUGAUUGCGUGCUAUAUCCAUGAAGGCAAUGACAGUGAAUCUGUGCGAGCACACAGAGAAACAAUCUCGCAGUAUUUCUGGAUGAAAGACGAAGGCAUGACUUGCAACUUAUCAGAUGGUAUUCAGCUAUGGGAUACCGCAUUGGCGGUGCAGGCUAUAGCAGCAGCCGGACUGGCAGACGACCCUAGCUAUCAGCAAACCUUCCUCAGGUCUCAUGCAUUCUUGGACAAUCACCAGCUCAGGGAGAACAUACCUGACCAGGCUAAUUGUUACCGAUGGCAUCGCAAGGGAGGCUGGCCAUUUAGUACCAAAUACCAAGGCUAUAUGAUUAGCGAGUGCACCGGAGAAGGAAUGAGAUCGGUUCUUCAGCUGCAGGAGAUCAUGCGACUUCAGGUCCCUAAUCGCAUUUCGACUGAAAGACUACAGGACUCAGUGGAUUGUCUGCUGAAAAUGCAAAACGACACCGGUGGCUUCUCUGUGUACGAACAGAGACAGGGGUCACACAAUCUGGAGUGGUUAGAGUCUGGCGAGUUCGCUGGAAAGACGAUGGUCAGCUACGACUAUGUGGAAUGUACCACGGCUGUGGUCUCAGCCCUGGCAUUGUUCACCAAGUACUUCCCGGAAUAUCGCGCCCAGGAAGUCGAAGACGCGAAAACUAGAGGGCUAAACUUCAUUAAGAGCUCUCAAAAACCGGAUGGCGGAUGGCACGGUGCCUGGGGAAUCUGUUUUACGUAUGCUGGGAUGUUCGCGCUCGAGGCUCUUGCCUUGGCUGGAGAAACAUACAAGACAAGCGAGUAUUCUCGCAAAGGCUGUGAGUACCUCUUGUCAAAGCAGAAGGAAGACGGAGGAUGGGGAGAGUCUUAUCUCAGCUUCAAAGAACAAACCUAUAUUGAGCAUGAAGCCUCCCAGGUUGUGCAGACAGCAUGGGUCUGUUUGGGCUUGAUGGACGCAAAUUACCCGGACAAAGAACCGAUUAAAAGGGGAUUGAGAUUGAUCCUGUCUCGGCAGCAAUCCAAAGGGCAGUGGCUUCAAGAAGCCUUCGAAGGAGGUGUGGGAGAUGGAGUGAUUUCUUAUUCGAACUACAAGUUAUAUUGGCCUAUACGAGCAUUUGGCCAAUACGCUCGAAAGUAUGGAAACGAAGAGUUCUGA